AUGUCCAGCAUUGUUGACAACUCCGCUAUAGCUGGGGCUGAGUUGUUGGUUCCCAAGCUGUUUUUAUUCCGUCCCUAUGUGUGGCCAUUCACCAUAGUGUAUCCAGUUUUCCUUGAGAUCUACUUUAACCACUACGACAAGUAUGUUGUAGGGGCCGAAUGGACGUUUGUGUAUUUGAUCACGAUCAUUUCUGUUAACAUGCUCUUCUGGUUGAUGCCCCAUUGGAACAUCAACAUUGACUCUCGUUUCAACUACUCUCCUGUGAAGACGAUUGCUGAAGCCAGUCAUAUCAAAAUCACCCCUGCCCCAAACCUGGGAGUUGGCGAAAUCUGUUCAAUUUCUAGAGAAACAUUCCAUGAUGGUGAAAAGCAGGUGUCGUUUUUGUACCAGAAACGUCGCCACUUGUUCCAUACCGAAACCCAGAAGUUUUCGCCUCCUGCUUUCCUCUUCGACGAAGAGCCUGAAUUGGCCAAGUUCCAGAACUCCACAGGGUUACUGGGAGACUUGGAGAAGCUUUUGAGAAACUACGGUGAAAACAAGUUCGAUAUUCCUGUCCCUACGUUCUUGGAGUUGUUCAAGGAACAUGCCGUUGCUCCUUUCUUUGUGUUCCAGAUAUUCUGUGUAGCUCUUUGGUGUAUGGAUGAGCAGUGGUACUACUCGUUAUUCUCGCUCUUUAUGCUUGUUUCGUUCGAGAUGACUACCGUCUUCCAGAGAAGAACGACCAUGGCUGAGUUCCAGAGUAUGGGUAUCAAGCCUUACACUAUCUACACUUACAGAAGUGAAAAGUGGAAACAAUUGAAGACCACCGAAUUGCUUCCUGGCGAUUUGGUUUCUGUCACCAGAACUAGCGAUGACUCUGCACUUCCCUGUGAUUUACUCUUGACUGACGGUAGUGCAAUUGUUAACGAAGCCAUGUUGUCUGGUGAGUCUACACCUUUGUUGAAGGAGUCGAUUAAGUUGAGACCUAGCGGUGAAAAGUUGCAGCCAGAUGGCUUUGACAAGAACUCGAUUUUGCAUGGUGGUACAUCGGCUUUGCAAGUGACCAAGCCGGAAAACCCCAUCGUUCCUAUUGCUCCCGAUAACGGAGCUCUUGCGUAUGUGACCAAGACAGGAUUUGAAACUUCGCAAGGUUCUUUGGUUCGUAUGAUGAUCUUCUCCAGUGAAAGAGUUUCUGUGGGCAACAAAGAGGCAUUACUCUUCAUCUUGUUCUUGUUGCAAUUCGCUAUAGCUGCCUCGUGGUACGUUUGGGUCGAAGGAACGAGGAUGGGUAGAACCCAAGCCAAGUUAAUCUUAGACUGUAUCAUUAUUAUUACGUCCGUAGUUCCUCCUGAGUUGCCUAUGGAAUUGACUAUGGCUGUGAACUCGUCUUUGGCUGCUUUACAAAAGUACUAUGUUUACUGUACUGAACCUUUCAGAAUUCCUUUGGCCGGUAGAAUCGAUGUCUGUUGUUUCGACAAGACCGGAACCUUGACUGCAGAAGAUCUUGUGUUUGAAGGUUUAGCUGGUUUCAACCUCAACGACAUCCACCACUUGUUCAAGUGCGAAGACGCCCCUGAAACGACUUCUCUUGUCUUGGGUUCGGCUCAUGCUUUAGUUAGACUUGAUGAUGGUGACAUUGUAGGUGAUCCAAUGGAACAAGCCACCUUGAAGGCCGCCCAUUGGAACGUCGGAAAUAACGAUACUGUAGAAAGAGACAUUGGAAAAGGCAAGUCGGAAAAGAUCAAGAUCUUGCGUCGUUUCCAAUUCUCAUCCGCCUUGAAAAGAUCCUCGGCUAUCUCCUCCAUUAAUACCGUCCCUGGUAAGAACUUUGUAGCCGCUAAGGGUGCUCCAGAGACAAUCCGCAAUAUGAUUAUUGAUGCUCCAGAGAACUAUGAAGAUAUCUACAAGUCGUUCACCAGAUCUGGUUCUCGUGUGCUAGCUUUGGCUUAUAAGUACCUUGAUGCUAACGUCAAUGUGAAUAAGGUUGCCAGAGAAGAAAUCGAGUCCAAGUUGCACUUUGCUGGGUUUAUUGUUUUCCACUGUCCUUUGAAAGACGAUGCUGUGGAAACAAUCAAGAUGUUAAACGAAUCCUCUCACCGUUCUGUUAUGAUCACUGGUGACAAUCCUUUGACUGCUUGUCACGUUGCUAAGCAGGUGGCUAUCACCACUAAGGACGUGUUGAUCUUGGAUGCUCCGGAGGAGCACCAUGAUCAGAAUUUGGUCUGGAGAAACGUCACUGAAUCUAUUGUUAUUCCUUUCAAGUCUUCCGAUGAAAUCAACACCGAGUUGUUCAAGAAGUACGAUGUCUGUAUCACUGGUUAUGCGUUGGGCUACUUGGCUGACCACGAGCAAAUUUUGGACUUGUUGAAGCACACUUGGGUUUAUGCUAGAGUUUCACCAAACCAGAAGGAGUUCAUCUUGACAUCGUUGAAGGAAGCUGGCUACAACACCUUGAUGUGUGGUGACGGAACCAAUGAUGUGGGUGCUUUAAAACAAGCCCACAUUGGUGUCGCUUUGUUGAACGGUACUGAAGACGGCUUGAAGAAGAUUGCUGAAAACAGAAAGAUCGAAGCCAUGACUAGAGUCUAUGAAAAGCAAGUGGAGAUUUUCACCAACUGGGGUAAGAACCCACCUCCAGUUCCACCUCAACUUGCCCAUGUCUAUCCACCUGGACCAAACAAUCCAAAAUAUUUGGAAGCCUUGCAAAAGAGAGGUGUGGAAAUUACAGAUGAAAUGAGACGUGCUGUGGCCAUUGCUAACAGGGGUGGUCUUCCCAAGAUCAAAGCUAAGGAAGGAAAGCAAAGUGCCUCUAGUAUUGCUGACUCUUUGAUGGCUUCACUUAAUGAUCCAGAAGGUGAAGACGAAGCUCCAGUCUUGAAGUUGGGAGAUGCUUCUGUUGCUGCGCCUUUCACUUCCAAGUUGGCUAAUGUGUCUACUGUUACAAACAUUAUUCGUCAAGGUCGUUGUGCCUUGGUUUCCACCAUUCAAAUGUACAAGAUCUUAGCCUUGAACUGUUUGAUUUCUGCCUACUCUCUUUCCGUGUUGUACUUGGCUGGAAUCAAGUUUGGUGAUGCUCAAUCCACCAUCUCUGGUAUUUUAUUGUCUAUUUGCUUCUUGUCGAUUUCCCGUGGUAGGCCAAUUGAGAAGUUGUCAAAAGAAAGACCACAGGACGGUAUCUUUAACAAGUACAUCAUGGGUUCUAUCUUGGGUCAAUUCGCAAUUCACAUUGUCACGUUGAUCUACAUUACCAGAGAAAUCUAUAUUAAUGAACCAAGAGAACCCCAGAUUGACUUGGAAAAGGAAUUCUCUCCAUCAUUGUUGAACACCGGUAUGUUCUUGUUGCAGUUGGCUCAACAGGUGUCCACCUUUGCUGUCAACUACAUUGGCUUGCCAUUCAGGGAAAGCAUUAAAGACAACAAGGGUAUGUACUAUGGUUUGUUGGGUGUUUCAUUCUUGACUCUUGCUGGAUCCACUGAAUUAAUGCCAGAGUUGAACGAAGCCAUGAAGUUUGUCAAGAUGAGCACAGACUUCAAAAUCAAGUUGACAGGGUCAAUUUUGAUUGAUUUGUCCUUCACCUGGGCCAUAGAAGUGGUAUUGAAGCACUACUUCAUGAAUUCCGGUCCGGCUGACAUUGCUAUUAGAGAUGAUUAG